AUGAUCAAGAUCAGAAUACCCUGCUCUUCCGCCAACAUAGGCCCCGGCUUCGACGUGAUCGGCCUGGCUCUCUCCAUAUAUCUCGAGCUACACGUCACCAUAGACGCGUCGAACGCGUCCCUAGAUGCUGUUGCGAACUGCAGGAUAACCUACGAGGGCCUAGGGAAAGAGAGCGUCUCGCUCGAUGCGGAGCGCAACCUCAUAACGCGCACUGCGCUAUACGUCCUGAAGUGCCAUGGUCAACGGACCUUCCCCGUUGGCACGCAUGUUCACAUCAUCAAUCCGAUACCGCUUGGGCGUGGUCUAGGAUCCUCGGGCGCAGCGGUGAUGGGAGGCGUGGCGCUGGGAAACGCGGUCGGAAAGCUGGGUCUCUCAAAAGCGCGCAUGUUGGACUAUGGCCUGAUGAUAGAACGACACCCGGACAACAUUGCGGCGGCUCUAUAUGGUGGCUUCGUGGGCACAUACUUGAACGAGCUUGACCCAGUGGAGAUGGAACGCAAAGAGAUUCCCCUAAGCGAAGUGCUACCUGAGCCGGCGGGUGGCAUAGACACUGGCCUUACGCCACCGGAACCACCACUCAAUAUCGGACAUUACAUCAAGUUUACAUGGGCGAAGGAGAUUAGAUGUAUAGCCAUAAUACCGGAUUUCGAGGUUUCGACGGCCAAGGCGCGGGAAGUGCUGCCUACACACUAUACGCGCGCCGAUGCCGUCUACAACAUGCAAAGGCUUGCACUUCUCACGACAGCAUUGGGCCAGUCGCCGCCAGAUCCUGACCUCAUAUGGAGGGCAAUGGGCGACAAGAUCCAUCAGCCAUAUCGCAAGACGCUGAUACCCGGGCUGACCGAGAUUCUGCAAUCCGUCACUCCGAAUUCGCAUCCUGGUCUUCUGGGCAUAUGUCUUUCUGGCGCUGGCCCAACCAUACUCGCACUAGCCACGGACAACUUCGACGGCAUCGCGCAACAUAUCCUCAACCAGUUCAAGCAAGAAAACAUCACCUGCACCUGGAAGCUCCUUGAACCAGCAGAGGAUGGCCUGACAAUAACUGACGAGGCGUCCUCUUCAGCGGAGCGGAUGACCUACGCCGCCGCCGGAGUUUCAAUAGACGCUGGUAACGAGCUCGUGCAGCGUAUCAAAAAGGCCGUCACAUCUACUGCCCGACCCGGCGCAGAUUGCGAGAUCGGUGGCUUCGGCGGAGUCCUCGACCUCAAGGCCGCAGGCUACACCGAAGCGCCGAAGAUCGUCCAAGCCAUCGACGGCAUAGGCACGAAGCUAAAGAUCGCCUUCGAGAUGGGCAAGCACGACACCGUCGGUAUCGACCUCGUAGCCAUGAACGUCAACGACCUCAUCGUCCAAGGCGCCGAGCCCCUGACUUUCCUGGACUACUACGCGACCUCGAAGCUGGACGUCGAGACCACCGUGCGCUUCGUCGAGGGCGUCGCGGCAGGCUGCAGAGAAUCUAACUGCGCGCUCGUUGGCGGCGAGACGGCGGAGAUGCCGGAUCUGUACCGCGAGGGCGAGUACGAUGCUGGUGGCGCGGCGACCGGCGCUAUCGCGCAGGGCAGGAAGGUCCUUCCGCUUAAGGGGGAGAUGAGUGAGGGUGAUGUGCUGCUGGGCCUUGCGUCUAACGGACCGCAUUCAAAUGGCUUCUCGCUUAUCCGGAGAGUAGUCGAGCGCGCGGGGCUGGAUUAUCGGGCGAAAGCGCCGUGGGACGAGAAGAUGACUGUGGGAGAGUCGUUGCUCACGCCGACGAGGAUCUACGUCAGGAGUUUGCUGAAGCUAGUUGAUGCGGACUUGGUCAAGGGUAUGUCGCAUAUCACCGGUGGAGGCCUAUAUGAUAACGUGCCGAGGAUGCUGCCGAAGCAUCUCGAGGCCGAGAUCGACGUCAAGAGCUGGGAAGUCCCGGCCGUGCUCCGCUGGCUGAAGAAGGCGGGGAACGUGGAGGCGAAGGAGUUUGCGAGGGUGUGGAAUACAGGGCUGGGGAUGGUGCUUGUCGUGGCGAAAGAGAAGGCGAGAGAAGCGAUGGAGGUGUUGUGGGAGGCUGAGGAGAUAGUGAACGUGAUUGGGACGCUUGUUACACGGAAAGAGGAGGGGUGUGUUUUGAGAAAUCUAGAGGUGUGGGAAUAG